AUGCAUGCAGAAAUUCCUGGUCUUGCACGUGAACUAGACGCAUAUAAGUUAUCUUUUCAACGAGAACAGCACUAUCAAGAUGAAGCGUUGCCUGAGGGCGUUGCCUUUCCAAGUGAGCUUAGGCUAGACGUUGGCAUUCACCUUUGGAAGGUCAUUGGCAUGAAGGCAAAUGUGCCAAGCCUUUCGAUCGUUGCUCAACCCAAGGCUAGAGGUUGUGCUGCUGCUUAA